GCCACCCGAGGGGCAAAUUUUGGCGACGGUUCCACAUAUAUCACAUAUUGCAACCAAGUUAUACUCAGCGUGAUAGGCGUUCCUGGAGCGCCGAUGGCAGGUUACAUUGUCGAGCUUCCGUGCCUCGGUAGGCGAGGGACCUUGGCGAUAUUCACUGGCGCAUUCAUACUGGCAUCCACCACCGCAUGCACAUCCAAUGCGCUCCUUGGUUGGAAUUGUGGUUAUAGCUACACGAGCAACGUCAUGCAUGGCGUCUUAUGUGCCCUUUCACCCGAAUUGUUUCCUACCAAAGAUCGUGGAACUGGUAACGCGAUCGUGGCCACUGCAAAUAGGAUAUUUGGCAUCAUGGCCCUGAUCAUUGCUCUGUACGCGAACCUCACGACAUCUGUGCCAAUCUGGAUUUCGGGAGCUAUCUUCAUCGUCACUGGUUUUAUUGCUCUCUUGCUACCAUUUGAACCCCGUGGUCACGCAUCUUUGUAA